AUGGCCAUUUUACCAAACGUCGUCUAUCAAUCGAAUAUUCUCCGGCCACGCACUGCCACUGAGAAUAGUCUAAGCAGUGGUGCAAUCGCCGGAGUUGUCCUUGGGUCCUUAUGCGGUCUCCUCGUGUUCCUGGUCAUUUUUUGGACAUGUGCGUGGCGAACAAGACAAAGAAGUCCGAAUCUCGACGAGCCAUUGUUCCCAAGCGAGGAUCAUCCCCCCCUUCAUGCGCCUGCCAUAGCACUUCCGCCAGUUCCAGCAGAUCCAACAGAAUCCGGCGUCACUCCCCUGGAGAUCGACAGCAUCAAUACUGUCGAUCCUUGGAAAGUGGAGUACCAGCCCAACCCAGUUAUGUUUCCUCAUUUAUCAGUCUCAAUCGGGAAUAUUCAUCAUGAGGAUGAGGAAGAAGGUGUACUUUUCAGUGCGAAUGAGACAAGCCUACGAAGACCCGAAAGCAUAAUCGAGGUGUGCGGCACAAGAUCGAAUAGCUUUGGGAACCCGUCAGCGAUAUAUGCAGCGGCCAAUGGCACUGAAUCCAAAGGUACUUCGCCACCGCUGCAAGGUAUCAAUACCAAACCUUCUGGUGAUGCGGUACCCCCUUCGAAGUCUAGUAGAUCAGAUCUACCAAUGGACGAUAUUCUGCCUGUCACAACAACGUCAGAAGUCCCUACGAGCUACGAGAGAAAGAGUCCAUGUCAGAGUGGGCCUGGGACGGUCGAAAUAAUCAACACUACCCCGAUCAAAUCGUCAGAGCUAUGUCCAGGCAGUUGUGACACUGGUAUCAUUGUUGCGUCGUCACCGAGGUCCCUCACAGAGGUGAACAGUAGCACAAGGACCUUAUCCCUGCGGGCAUCGUCACGCACCUCGCCGACUGACAAUCCAUCUGUCUCAAAAGCCAUUAUGUUUCCUUCCAAAUCGGUCGAAGCAGAUACUGAUCCGGUGUAUCCAUGUUCUAUCUGCCACCUCAAGUUUCGAACACCAGGCCUGAGAAGGUACGUAGCCUUCAAUCACAAACGAUACUCAGUCUUCAAGCCUCUUUGCUCACCCAAACUUUUGUAG